UGGCGGAGCUUCGACGCGGACGUUACUGGGCCCGCGACGAUACCGUGAUUAAGGCCGACCGAACCCCGGUCACGAACCCUUCCCGUGUAACAAUGGGUCGUUCUCGUGCCCCCAGUUCGGGGUGGGGGCUCUACGAAGUGGGUCUAUCCGUCCCCGUUCAAACGAAUCCGACUCAGGAGACAGUCCGAAGGUCCGAGUAGCAUUCUUGUCUCCUGCUCCAAGUGGAUCCCCCCCAAGCGCCUGGACCGAGGCGUACGCAACACACUCGGACCAGGUGGUUAAGAUGGCGUCCGAGUCUGCGCAGUGCCGAAGGAAGAGGACGCGGCGGGCGGGGACGUGACGAAUAAGCUGCGCGUGUUCGCUGUUGGGUUAAAAAAAAAAGACCAAUUUGAGGACGGCUACACGACGGAAAACCCGACAAUUGGGACGGAUUUUAGUAUCACCGGUGUCAGACUCCAGUAGGCUUAAGGUAACGGUGUUUAGGUUCGGGGGCGGAAGGAUAUGAUGAGAUUAUUGCUAGUUGGUGGGCAGCCAUGCCAUGGAUUGCAGCCAGGCCUGCUGCUAGCUAAAUGCUAGUUAAACAUCAAAGAGCAUAGUCAACUUUGUCAUUGGAUGCGGUCUUGACUCCUGUGCAGAUGUAUGACAAGUGGAAUUCUUCAGAGAUCUUUUCAUGGCCUCUUCUAAGAUUCAGAAAGGGAUGGUGUUUCUGAAAGGAGACGCAACUGCCCUGGCUGCAGAACCUGCAGCUGAUCAUCCUGCUGCACCUCUCAGACCAGUGAAGAGAACCAAACAAUGGACAGAUCAAAGCACUUUUGCAUCCAGUGAGGAACCAGAGCUUUGGGAUGCACAUUACAGGAAUGUGUCCAAGGAGUCCAUUGUAGAGAUGGACGGACAAAAGCACCCCUCAAGUUUGAACACUCACGCAGGACACCUGUCAGCUGACAGCACCUGCAAAAGGGUUAGGGUGACACUGGACAACAACAGCAUGUGGAAAGACUUUUUCAGCUGUGGUACAGAGAUGAUUCUCACCAAACAAGGCAACAGGAUGUUUCCGUACUGCCGGUUCCGCAUCACUGGAUUGCAGCCAUUGAAGAACUACUGUCUUUUAAUGGACAUUUAUCCUUUAGAUGGCAGUCAGCACAAGUGGAACGGCAACAGCUGGCAAGUCUGUAGAAAAGCAGAGCGUCAUAUUAAAAGUAAACCAUUUGUUCAUCCUGAGUCUCUUGCUACAGGCGAGCACUGGAUGCGGAGUCCAGUGUCCUUUUACAGACUAAAGCUCACUAACAGCAUUUCAGACCAGGAGGAGAACAUCAUCCUGCAUCCAAUGCACCGUUACUUACCACGCCUUCAUGUGGUCCAGACUGACAAGGCUCCUGAAGACAUUCGUUUAAAUGGUCCCAAUGUUCUCACCUUCACUUUCCCCCAGACUGAGUUCAUGGCUGUUACUGCUUACCAAAACCCACAGCUUGCUCAGUUGAAAGUCAACUACAACCCAUUUGCUAAAGGCCUGAAAGAAGAAGGGUCUGUUUCGUGGAGCCUGAAAGUAAAAAGUAACUCUAGCAAAGUCUUGAACACAGAAAGGGGGAAUGCAAUAACUGAGCAGCAUCCUAUGAAGAAAAGCUUGAAGUCACUGCUAGCAAACCACAAGCCCAGAUGCCCAAAGACUGUUAACCCAAAGCCCAUAGACCCACCAGCCAUCCAGAGAAACGCUACUACACACAGGGAUCAGUCAGGUGCCAAGGUCACAGGAGAAAGUCCACGCUCACGUCCCGCUCAGAAGCUGUUUUCUGAGCUGAUUCGCGAAGCUCAUGUCUCACUUCAGAGAUGUAAUAUGGACAAUCUUGUCACGGGUCAAAGCACCUCCUCUGGAGCAGCACAAACAAGAACUCACACUACGAUCAGGAGGGGCGUUGGAGGUCAGGCUGUUCGUCAGAGGGACAGGUUAUCUGUCAAAGCACUACAGAGAAAAACUGAAGCUUUUGAGAAAAGAAGAAAAACCAGAGAUGAAAAGCAUUUUUUAAAUUCAUCUAGCCACAAGGACAAUGCCAGAACCAAGGCUUCUAAUUGUACUUCUCCAAUUGGGUCCCAGAACUCUUGUGAAAGUGUGGACCUGCAGUGCAGUUCAGACACACCAGAAACUACGAGGCAUCCCAAACGUCCUGCCCGCCUUCCACUACCAGCACUUGCUCUGUUUUUGAAACAGCAUUCAACUAAAUUAAAAAAGACCACAAGUAAACAGGAUUCUUCUCCGGCAGAACUUGUGUCUGGAUCCAGAGGUUCUGCCGGAGUUUCUGAACUGACUGUGCCUGAACUCAUCACUGAGAGCUGCAGACCUGCUGGAGCUGACGUUCAACUGGAACGAAUGCGUAGCCCUGAAAGAGCAGGUGAAACCUAUCAAAAGCCUUCUUUUCCUUCAAGUGACUCUUCUUUUUCUGGAGCAGACCCAGAACAACCAAAACCCAACUGCUCUUCAGACUUGGCUUAUGAAAACUCAUCCUCAGAGCUGCUUAUACCUGAUGUCUCAUCAGUGUUAACCACAUCUCCCUUUAGGACACCUACAUCCACCCCUUCUACGUGUGCUACCUCAUCAUUAAUCCCAAACACAGUGUUACCCUCCCAAAACUCACCCACAACGUCUGCAGAAUCUUCAACACUACCUCCAGACUCCCACCCCCCGAAGACAGAGUCCUCUCUUCCCGACCCAGAGUGUUCGUCUUUUGACUUUGAGCCUCUGUCACCGGCAAGCUCCCCAGAACCCUUACCUUCUCUGCCAGCUUCGUUGGCUCUGGAGCUGGACUCUGCAUCUUCUGAAGCACCUUUUCCACCUGGAGCUUCUGAUGACCUGCUGCCAAACAGAAGCUCUGUGUUCAAAUGGCACACAGUGUUACCUUCAUCAGAGCCGUAUGUAGAGACUCCCUUUGCAACAUUUCAGCCUGCUGUAGGAUCUGGCUCAGCUUUGCUGCCUUGCCAGGCUGAACCACAGGGUCUGAACUCGUCACCAUCUACGCCUUCCAGCGGGCCCCCUCCAUCAUUUCAAGACUGUGAACAGCUUUUGCCUUUCCCCGCAGAGCUUUCGCCUCUCGCACUUCAGCUGCCAUUGUCUCCUACCUUCUCACUGGAUGGAGACAGACUGUCACCCACACCUUCCCUCACCGACCUGGUGCACUUCUUCUCAGUUGAUGAGGACGCUGGGAUCGGGACAACCUUUCCAAACUCAGAACCUGCUGUCCCCAUGUCCCUUCCGCUGACAGCAGAGCCCCCUGAACCUUUACUGCCUUCACCUCCCGACUCGGUCCAAAAAGGCAGACGCAAGAAAAAGAGGAAGGGGAAGCUGGACGAGAUGAACGAGGACCAAAAGAUAGAAGACUACAGUCGUUUGCAGCCUAACUUGGAGGAAGUUGAGGAGCAGUUGUUCAUUUCCUUCACGUCUAAGGAGGCCCUGAAGCUUCAUAUUCCAGACGUCCCCGAUAUGCCCCCCCAUCACUCUGAGACGACACCUGAGAGUCACGACGCUGCUGAGGAGCGAGAGGAGCGCUCCGAAGUCGUCUGCCAUGACAACCAAUGCCACUUGAAGGAGAAUCCAUGUGAAGCUCCGGUGGAGGCUCUGCAGGAGAAGAUCGCUGCAUACCAGCAGACGCUGCUGAGAGACUUGAAACUGAUGAAGCACAGGCAGGUCAUCCAUCCGGUGCUGCAGGAAGUGGGUCUGAAGAUGAGCCUGCUGGAUCCAGCUCUGUCCAUCGACCUUCAGUACCUGGGAGUGCGCCUUCCCAUCCCCCCUCCUGGAGUUAGUUUAGAGUCUGUGACCCAGAACCUGCCAUCGUCCAGGGAUGUCCCUGCAGGAUUUAUGUCCAGAACGGGAAAAACUACAGAUAUGACACAGAUCAAAGGCUGGAGAGAGAAGUUUAGUACAGCAGAGGUUGCACCCUCCCCUGCAUCCUGCAAACCUGAAGCUGGUCCCAGUCCAGACCUGCAGAAGAAGAACCUGUCGGCGUUCUGCAGUGACAUGUUGGACGAGUACCUGGAAAUCGAGGGGAAGCUGAUCGAUGAGCGGGCCGCCAGUUUCACCCAGCCGCCACAGGAGCCGCCGGUGUUUGAGCUCCCAGCGAGGAGCCCGAGCUACGUCCGGACGCUGGACCACAUCCUGAAAGUGCAGACGGCUGGAUCACCCGCCUCAGACCUGGUGUCUGGAUUCAUCCCUCCCUCCAAGAGACCACGACUCAAAGAGACAAAAAACCCAAAAAUGGUGAAUAGGAAACGCAUCGGCCCCAAACAGAACAAACCCAGACCACCACUUGGUGCUGCUGUGAGGUCUGAGUUGAAUUCAGCUGCACCAACGCAGCCCAUUUUACAGACUUGGGAACCCCCCCCUCAGAGUACCCAGCCUUCAGACCCUCCUCCUUUAAAAAAGAAGCGGAAGCUCAAACCCAGAGCCUCAUCUCAGACCCUGAGUCCAGCUGAGCCCGUGGCGCCGCUUUCCCCCAUAUCCAAGGACCUGGCUCCGCUGGAGUCCGACUCUGAGCUGGGCCCGACCAGCAGUCCAAGCAAGGAUGUCGUCAGGAAGCCAAGCCGGGCCGUCACGACUCGAGCCCUGCUGAGGCAGAGGGACCUGGAGGACAUCGUGGUCCAGGAGGGCCGGUACCGGACCAGCAUCACCGAGGAGAGAGCAGCCAUCGCUCUGUCCUCGCUCUUCACGCUGACCGGCUUUGUGAGGGAGAACCCAACGGCGCCGAUCCAGCUCCCGCAGAGGCCGAAGCCUUCCUGUCUGAACGAGUUCUGCAGACUCGGUUGCAUCUGUGCCAGCUUGACGAGAACGGCCCGCGUGAGCCACUGCGGCCGCUUCGCCUGCAUGUUCGGCUGCAGCUGCCUCAAGCAGAAGAUGGUCCUCCUCAAGAAUCUGGAGAACUCGGACUCCAGCCCGUCCACCCUCCAUGGCGGCAUCAAGAAGAAGAAGAGGAAAAGGAAGAGGAGGAUGAAGAUGGCUUACGUCCUGAAGGAUUCGGAGAGCGUCUUCCAGCCUGCAGAACGAGUCCAGAAUCUGUGGAAGAAAGGCGAGGGAGACGUGGAUUCAGAGCCCGUCUACGCCCCCAGCAUGUCGACGUCGCUCUGCAAGGAUUCUCGUCCCGUGAGAAGACGGUAUCGGAGCAGCUGCGCCAGAAUCCGAGUCUACAACAGGAAGCAGAAAACUGCGGCCGAUGAGAAUGUUUCCAGAAAUAACUCUGCUCAGUUGAAGUUCUUCAUGAAGGGGAGUCAGACGGUUAGGAUGAAGAGCGCAGCACAACGUCGUCGUGAUGGGUCCAGUCCCACCCAACCCUCUGAGAGUUCAGAAGCAGAACCGGCACCGAAGCCGUCAAAGCGCCUGUUCCUUCACACCGCUUGCCAUUGGAGCAGCGAGGCGGACCAGAACUUUGUGCUGAAGAAGCUGAGUAAAGCUGUGGCUCAGGAUGAACUGAACCAGCCCUUCUGGGUCAGAAAGUACUUCAUCAGUCCUAUGGACCGGACUGUGCAGGGCAGCGGCGCCGACCAGUGCAUCCACUACAGGGUCCGCAUCACCACACCCAAACGGGAGAGGAAGAAACGAGCAGAACCAGCCAAGCCGAGAAAAAAUCCGAGUCAGAAAAAGAGAGAAGUGACCCAGGAGGAGCCUGCAAAGAUCUACCAAACAGAGGUAAAGGCGGAGCCUGUGGAGGACCAGGAGAAAGCAAAGGGGGCAGAGCAUCCUGAGGACCGACACAGGAAGAUGAAAGGGAGGCCUGAGAAGCACAGGCAAGAACUGCCAGACGACUGGCAGACGAUGGGGGCGGGGCAUCUUCAGGGCCUGCGGGCGGAGAUGGAGGCGGAGACUCCUGAAGACUUCUACAGGGAAGAAGCUAGACCCGUGGGGGACUCGCAGAAACAAACGGAGCCUCCUGAAGAUUGGCACAAGGAAGGGGCGGGGCAUAUGGAAGACCUGAAGGAAGAGGCGCCGGGGACGAAGGAGGAGGAGCCUCUUAAAAACUGCCCAAAGGAGGGGGUGGGGCAUGAGAAGGACUGGGAGGAAGAGGAGGACGAGGACACAGAAGAAGAGGAGGAUGAUUUCCCAGGUUUCCUUGACAGCGGUGAGGAGAAUAGCGAAGGACAGAGAGCGGGCUUCAUACCUUUUCCUUUCCCGGCGGAACGGUCGACCGCUGGUUUCCUCUCCGCCUCGCUCAGACAGCCAGGAGGAAAGGAUCAGCUGGUGCAGGUUAACGGGAAGGACUUCAAUUUGGCAAAGAUUGAGUUGGGGAGGAUGGGGGCGCUCCACCCGGCGAACCGCUUGGCAGCCUACCUGACGGGCCGCACAGCCUCCACCCAGCAGCGUAAGGCCUUUUUACUACGCUGCCGACGUCCGCAGGACUCAGUCCGCUCAGCCUCGUCUCUGCUCGUCGCCGCCGCCGCCGCUGUGGCGCCACCCCCAUCCACCUCGCAGCCACCAGCUCCAGCGGACCCCCCCACCAAUCCACAGCUCAAAAAGGACGUGAAGGUGACCCCCACCUCUCCCAAAGCCCCCCAGGUGUUGCUCCUUCAAGUCCCCGGCCCACGUAAAGCUGUUGCUCUAUCAGUCAAGGCCCCCCAGGCGCCCGGAUCCUCGCCGAACCAGCAGAGGAUGAUCCUGCAGCCGGUUCCGUCUCUGCCGGGCAUAAAGUAUUUUCGCAAGCCGGAUGGAAAGUUGGUCCAGCUGGUUCCUGUGUGUCACCUGAAAGCCAUCAGCCCCAAGCCCCCGGCUCAGGGAGUUGCCCCCCUCAUCACUUCAGCCUUCAUCUCUGAUCCAAAGACCCCGGGGUCUUCGUCAUCUGAAUCCUCCUCUUCCUCCUCUCCUUUUGCGGCCCCCCUCAAUCAAAAGCCCAACUUCCUCAGUAGUCAGCGGGUGAUUAAAAUUCCAGUGAGCAGCUUCACCAAAGACUCGGUCGUGGUGACCAUGAAGGCGCCGCCCCCGGCCCCCCCAGCUCCUACGAACCCGAACUCCUUCAAACCCUCUCCGGGUCAGGAGCUCCAGCGGGGUGUCCCGACAACGCCAGUAGCUUUAGUUCCUGACGGGGUCCAGCACCAGGCUGCUGUUGGGACCUGUGGCCCUUCUGCCCCCCCCGCUGAAAGGGUGAGUCCUCAGCAGGAGUUGGCUCGUCACCCGUCUGACCUGGACAUCGUCUGCGUGGACGCCGACACGGGGGUUUACUCCCGGAAGAGGCCGCAGGUGGAGUUUGUGGACUUGGUGUCCAGCAGCGACACAGACGACUCGUCAGACCUGGAGGAGUCGGACAGCGAGGACGACAGACCGGGGGCUUUACAGAGACACCGUCACAACCAGCAGGAGAGGGAGCGCCGAGUUCAGAUGCGGCAGAUGUUUUGUGCCCUGAGGACGGAGGUUGGAACGACCCAGGACAAGCUCUCCAGAAUCGGCACGCUGAAGCGGGCGCGGGAGGAGAUCCAGGAGUUGAGGAACGCUGAGACCAUCCUGAGGAGGAAGAAGACCAGACUAAAGAGGAGGAGGGACCAGUUCCUGUCCAUCCUGGUUCCAUCAGCAGAAGAUCAUUCUGAUCUCAGCCUGAAGGAGCAUCUGCCAAACAAGUCCAUUCAUCUGUCACCUGAUGGCAAGGAAAGCCCAGAAUCCAACAGGGCGACCUUCGGCGGGGACAGUCAUGGUGAGAUGAAGGAAGCAGAGAGUCAGAGCAAACCUCAACAUUUCAUCGGACAACAAAAUGUCCUUGGAUUCCUUUUGUCCAACCAGGACUGGGUGACAGCGGGGGGCGGGGCCUCAGCACCAGCAGGACACGCAAACAGUGACAACAUAAAUAAUGUGUUGACGCCCGACUGUGCUGAGACAUUCCAGGCAGCUGUCCUGGCUCCUCCCCCCAAGCCGCGACAAAAAACGAUUCCCAUCAUUUUGUCUCACAGUAAAGUUCCCGCUCCGUCAGCCAAUAAGAAUCCAGCAGCUCUCCAAGGCCCCCCUUCUUCUCACAUCUCCCCGCCUCCAGCUAAGAUCCCGCCCCCUUUAGGAAAGGCAUUACCUGGCGCUCCAGCGCUGACCCCGAGCCCUGUGACGGUGACUCCAGUGGUUCUGACGCCGGCACCUGCAACAGCUGUGAGCUCAACCACUCUGAGAAUCCCCAUCCUGACCAAUCAGGAGGCCACGCUGUGCUCAGGGCCCCACCCCUUUACAGACGUCAGCCGUUGGGUUACAACAACACAACCUGCCGCACAGGAAGACACACAACUUCACACGCAACCCCAGCAGGGAGCUCCUGAUCCAACCAGACCACCUCCAGACCUGGCAGGUCUUUCUCACCUGAGCCUGUCAGAGGAAUCCAACCUGAACCGACGCCAGAACCUUCACGUUGGAGUUCAGCAGCAGGGGCCUCCAGGACCGGACAAUGACGGCCUGUCCUCCCUCCUGAAUGAAAUCGUUUUUUUGAACCAGCAACCCAUUUCCAUGGCAACAACUGAAAAAACUCUUUCUGAGGACUCCUCUGUGGUGGGCGGAGCUUCUGGGGGUGACCACGUUCCCAAGCCUAACGGGCAACCGGCCUCUAAAGGGGGUGUUGUGCAGCAGGGUCAGACCACUGGGAACGGGAAAGGGUGUGUCCUAGCCCCACCCCCUUUACUACACAUGAAAGUAGGCGGGGCUGCAGUGACGGCCCAUGCCAACAGUGCCACGACAGCGGCGGCAGGUCCAGUAGAUGGGGGAGGGCAGGGGGGUGCAUCGUCUCUGGGUACGUCAUGGAGGCCCAGACCGAUGCCGAGGCUGGUUCCUCUGGGACGCAGAGGGGUCUCCCCCACGUGACCCGGCCGGGCCCCAACUCUUGGUUCUGGAUGGAUUAUUUGUGUCCAAACAGCCUGUUUGGUUCCGGCAUAACGUGGACUGUUACAAACAUCCUCCUGGACGCGGAGAACUUCUGCUGUUUCUCUGUUUGUUGCUUAUUUACUUCAGGGGUUCAUGUUUGUGUUCGGCUGAGAGAUCUCUGGUUCCUGAAGAAACAUCCUGUUUAGCGGAGUUCAGAUGUUUUUAUACCGAAACUGAAAAAUGAGUCAAAGCAACCCAAAAAGGAAAAGGCAGAACUGUUUUCUGGUGAGUUUUCAGUUCUAUUAUAAGCUACUCUUUUAUUUUGAAAAAAAUAUUAUAACAAUAAUCACAGGAACAAAUCCUUUGCUGCUUCCUGCUUCAAAGUAAGAGCACUCCCUGUUUCAUAAACAUCCAUUGCAAAUCCUGUUUGGAUAAUAAAGGUUUUAUAAGAAC